AUGGCUUCGUCCUCUGUACAUUUUGUUGUUUCCAAUUCUAGUAGCCCCAUCGAGUUUCCAGAGCUCUCAGAGGUGGACAGGUAUGCGGCGUUGUCGAAGCUAGAGAACCUCGCAUACCGCAUUCGAUAUCUUUCGAAUCUCCUGUCUGCGGCUCUCGAAACGAUUUCGUUGGCCUCCCUAUCCCCUUCUCACUUUCAUUACUUUUCUCCAGAGAUCCUUGGAAUCGUUGAGAUUGCUCGAAACACGUUGGAGAAGGAGAAAGUAACGCCAUAUCUCUGGGCUCGGUGUCCAGAGAAGUUGGCGUCGCACAAGAGUGCUUAUCUCGACUUACUACGGAUGCUGCAACGUAACGAGCGCUACGUAGACACAGCAUCAAGAGUCUCCAAGUUCUGCCUAGGGCAUAGCGCCGCUGUACCCAGGGUGUGUGUGAAUGCCUGCGGUCCACCAACCUCAAACGUCAAGGAACACGAGGCCUCCAGCACCAUGCCCCCGCCCACGCUUACAACGAUACAACGCCCCUCUGCCACAAAUGGGACAAAGACACAUGGUAAGCACAAGCGCCUAUGGGACCCCGACGAGCUGUUGGAGACGUCUUCCGUCCGGAGCACCUACAAGCCGAAGCCUGAGGUGUGGGCCGUGCCGCAGGGAGAUGAUGACACUUCCAUACGGGCGUUUCGCCCUGCUCGAUCUUCGCUGCGGUUUGGAAUUUGCUUCUCCGCGAAAUCGUCCACGCACGGGGGCGGGUACCAGCAAAAAGAGCGUGCGAAUCGACGGGCGAGUGUGAGGUCACUUAUGAAUCCGAAGGAGUAG